AUGCCGUCAACCGUUCUUCCCGCUGCAUUUUUUGCAGCCUCGCACGCCUUCCUCUCCGAAAUCAUCAAGGAGUCAGGCAACACCGUUGCUCUCCCUCUUCCGACCACGCCCAAAAUCGUCGAGUCGUCCAACACCCCCGGUCGUCUCCCCACUCCUCCUUCCACUCCGGUCAUCACUCCAAUCCUCGAUGACAACUCCGAGGUCAAGAUUGUUCGCAUCGGCAUCACAAAGAAAGACAAGAAGGGCAAAGGAAAAGCGUCUACUGCCGCUGAGAAGGACAACCAGGGCCCUCCCACUCCCGAGCCUGAGCCCGCCUCUCCUUCUUCGCACGUCCGUAAGCUGGUGACCGUCCGCCAAAUCAGUGCCGUCGACAGUGCCCACCGUUAUCACAUCAAACUGACUAUCGACGGUUGGACCGUCGGUUUCAAGCGCCCAAGCAAGAUCGACUUCAAGGCCGGUGAUCGGUACAUUUUUCUGGAGCCGGACACCCUCCUCCCUGCUGAUCAUCCUCGCUUCGGAAAGCUGUUCGCCCAGGUCGGCAACCCCAUCACGUACAACGGUCGAAAGUGGUUUCGCGUCGGUACUCGUAGUAUCGGCAACCCUCGGGUCCCGCGCUGGCAUUUUGUUUCGCAGGGGCACGUCUUUCCCCUUUCAUACUUCCCGGAUAUCCACAACGAUGUCAUGCUGAAGACGAGGCUGGCAAGAUUCGGUAGGGAGCAGUCUGAGCAGCAGGAGGAUGGUACCGAGGAGGAUGAGCUGGUCGAUUACUCGGUCAUGCUGGGUGCAAUCAAGUGGGAUCCGCAUGGUAUUUCCCCGUCGAAGAACAGUGGCGGCAAGAGCGGCAAUACUCCCGCUCCCUCGGUCAAGAUCCCGUCCUGGAUCCGCAAGACAGACAUUGAGCGAGUCCAGAGCUGUCCCAACCUGUUCGUCGAACCCAAAUACAAGAAGAUCGUCUACCAGGAAUCCGUCAAAAUCGAUGGCGCCAGCAUGACUUGCUAUUUCGUCCCCCACGGCUCAAAGUACUUCAACAGCCUCCACAAGCCCCAUCCCGGCCCCGAGUCAGCCGCCAUGUCCAUUUUGGAGACUGGCAGGUUCGGCGUCUGCAGCAAGAACGUCGACCUGCCGUUUUCCGUGGACUGCCCCUACUGGACCGCGGCCAUCAAAAACAACAUCGGAGCUCUCCUCGAGGACCUCCACAAGAACGGACUUGCAUUGCAUCGCGGCGCCCUAGCUAUCCAGGGAGAGUUGGUUGGUCCUACUGUUUCCGGAAAUCACUACCGCCUGCCUUCGACUUCUGCUCCCUCGUUCACGGUCUUUUCUGUGUGGAACAUCGACACCCAAACCCGCUGGGGACCCCGCAGCGUCCAGAAGUUUUGCGCUACCCAUGGCUUGAGCCACGUCGAAGUUUUGGGCUAUCAUAAGCUCACGGAUAUUGCUUCUUCCCAUGGCGAGCUUAUUGCCAGAGCCAAUGCCAGGCAGGGCGAAGGCUUGGUUUUCAAGAGCUGCGCUGGUGAUGGCCGUUGGUUCAAAGUCCUGUCGGACAGGUGGAUUACGGAACGGGGUGAUGAAGUCGACGCUAAGGCGGCUGACACGGCCGUUGACGAGACGCGCCGGGAUGUUGACCUUGAGCCGGAGAUGAUGACCUCAGGAACGGAGGUGAAGAAUGAGGCAGAGAAGCAGGCGGAGACAGAGGAGGCGGCAGCUUGCAAAGAAAUCCACCCCUCGACCUACGACGACGUGCACGGUUAUUUGAACGCCGCUGUCACCUGGCUCGGACAACCGAUGACCCACAAGGAAGCCAUCGGAGAAAUCGGCCGCAUCAUCUUGACCGAGAUGGCGCUGCACAACAACAACAUCGAAGCGUCCAUGAAAGACCUGGCCGAGGUUGUUGCGGAAGAGCUGAAGUUCGUCGAAACCGACAAGAGUGUCGCUGACCAAAAGGUUGAUACCAAGGAGGAUGCUCCGACCAACAUCACUCCCACCAUCCCCGACACUCCCAACAGUCCUGUCAGCCCCAACACUCUCACUACUACCAAUGCUCCCACUACUCCCCACGAGAGCAACCCAGCAAUGGAGCCGGUGAUCGUUUCGGAUGCUGUGACAGGAACUAUGCAGCAGAAUGUCAUUGGCAACCCUACUCCUCCCGCCUCCGAACAUAACGACGAGCAGAACCCCUUUGCAGGCGUCAACUGGGAUGACUACAUUGUCGUCAAGCGGGGAGGAAAUAUGGUCUGCAUGAGACGGGACGAGUACGUGCCGAGAAGCCCGCCCUCAUUGUAUCCAUCUGCUGAGGAGGUGGCCCGUCGUCGUGAGAUGGCCCGUCUCAGCAGACGUCGUCGUUAUAUCCUCUAA